AUGGUACUCCUGCCGCCGUUUCACCUUCGCCGUCGAAGCAGCUUCGUUCUCUCGACUCCUCGCCGCUUACGCCGCCUAGCUGCUGUUGGUGGCCCUCCAUCUCCUCCGAGUCCUGAUCCGUCUCCGCCUGAGAACAGUACUCAGCUUGAAGGAUUUGUAGGAGCUGUGACAAGGAUCCAAGACCGUGUAAAGAUCUUCCUCGCAGUGCUGUUUUGGAUGUCUCUCUUCUUCUGGGUUACAGUGACUGAUGGGAGGGGUAAAGGAAAAGGGAAGAAGGGUUCAGGUUUUAAAUAAUUUUCACCCCCAAGUCUUAUUGAUUGGUCAUCAUCAUCAAUACUCUCGUCUACUACACUUGUGUAUAAUAUAUAUACAUCUAUGUGCAAGGAUCAGAAAAUAGCUGUAGAAAUUCGCCAAAACAAGCAUAUUUUCUUGUAGAUCAGUUAAUCAGAAUGUUGGGAUACAAUAAUACAUGAUAAGAUGAUUCUCUCUUCUUAUCUUCUUGGUAAGAUAUAGAUAUUAAUCUAACAUAGUGUUAUCAUCCCCUUUACAGUCACCAGAUCAUUUUGCAUCAGUUCAUGUUUUAUAGUCGUUUUUUUUUUAAUUGCUGCUGCCUUUGAGUGAAACAGAAACGGGCCUUGAAAGAUGGAUUAUUAAUGGGCCUAACAUUUGUUGAAAUUGAACGCCGUCGCUUUCUUCGUCCAGACUCCAAAUCAAUAAUGCAUUAUUUUUCUCAAAAUAAAGAAGGUCGUUGGAAUAUUUGGCACGUGCAUUUCAUGACCACCAAGUGAUUUCCAAGUAUUGCAUUUAAUGCGCACAUCUCGAGUCGACGACGUGCCCUUUUAACACGUUGUUAACUUUUUUUUUAUUAAGGCUUUAACGUGUCGUUACCAUCUGAUGAUAGAUAUGUAAGAGCGCAUCAUAGCAGACACGUGGUUAAAUUCCAUUGGUUUGUUAGUUAAAAAUGUGUGUUACCAAGUGACUUUAUCAUACUUCUUUGGGUACGAAAAGUCUUUAGACAUGUUGUUGUCAAUUUACAGAGAAACGAGCAGAGCCAACUAACCCCCAAAACACACACAACAAAAGCCCUAAUUUCUCAACCGUCUUCUCCGUGGUGACUCUGUGAGUCUUUUCUUUUCCGACACUCAAAACCCUCAUAGGGAUUUUGCAACAGGAAGGGAGACAAAUGGGUACCGAAGAGGAAACUGUCUCUGUUGAGCUACCAGCACCGUCUUCAUGGAAGAAAUUGUUUUUCCCAAACAAAGUGAAGAAAACAGAGAUUGUGUUUGUUGCUCCAACGGGUGAGGAGAUCAGUAGCAGAAAGCAGCUGGAGCAGUAUCUCAAGUCGCACCCUGGAAACCCUUCGAUCACAGAGUUCGAUUGGACAACUAGUGGGACACCAAGGAGAUCUGCAAGAAUCGGUGAGAAGACCAAGUCGUCAACCGCAACGCCGUCACCGGAUAAAGAGCCACCAAAGAAGCGAGGUCGAACUAAAUCUCCAGGUUCAAAGAAAGAUACAGAAGGUGAGAAAUCAGAGGGAGGAGUGGAAAACUCUCAUGUGCAAGAUACUGCUGAAAUGACUCUUCCAGAGAAUGAGAAUGUAACUGUUAAGGACGGCUCUGGUGACACUGAGAAGGCGAAUGAUGCAAAAGACGACAUGGUUGCAGAGGGAACUCCGGAUCUUGCUCCGGUUCAAGAAGCUGGUGACUCGGUGAUGGAGAAAGUGGAGUCUCAGGCUGACAAAGAAGAGGAGAAUGGCUCAAUGGAAAAGAAAUCGGUUGAUGCUGAGAAUAAGACCGUUGAAGCUACUGGUGAGGAGAAGAAGGAAGCUGCAGGAGGCGAAGGAGCACCUGAGUCUGAAGCCGAGACUAGAAACCAUGAGGGAAAUGGUCUGACAACAGAAGCUGAGGAGAAAGUGAAAACGGCAGAAGCAGAAGUUACUGAAUAGCCAUGCCCCUUGCUCUGUUUCUGCUAGCUCAUGUGUUGUGUAAGUCAGUUGUUUCUGUUAAUCUAUUGAAGUCUCUGUUUUCGUUUUUUUACCAUUUCAUCUUCUUUUAGUUGUUGUACCAAAUUAGUGAUGAUCGCGGUGAAAGACGUUAUUAGGCGGAGGUAUGUACUAUGAGAUGCCUGCAGUAUUAUGUGCAUCUUCUCUUAGGUUUAAGAUUAUGUAGAGGAUUAUUAUUAACUCUUCUGUAAAACUAUUGCAACUACUAUGUGUUGGUGUUUAUCUUACUUACUACUGCCAUCUUUGAUUUCUGUUUUUACUUUAUUUAUGGAUAACCAAAUUAUAAAUAAGUUAUAAGUCCGAUUAAAGAUCAGC